AACACACCUUCACCCUGACAACUGCACACUCUCAGAAGUCAGAACCAGAAAGGAAGCAGCUUCCAGAGAAGUAAACAAAUUUUUUUUUAACAACAGACCCACAUUUACAAGAAAGUCAAAGAUGCAGGUGUGUACAGUUUUGGAAAAACGUAACGGAUGUGUCGUGGGAGCCGAGCUGAGCUGCACCGUCAGAGAGGAGAAUGUCUCCCAGAAAGAGAGCUACAGCGCUGAUUGGCACAGCGUCAAAAUGAGAACACAGCAUGAGGACCGCCAGUCCAUGAAGAUGUCUGAUGUUUCCCGAAGAGAGACACUAUCCUGUUACUGGCGUGCACGCCCCCUCUCCCAGCAAUGCCCUUCAGGUGUCCUACGUGUCGGCACUGUAGAGUCUGGCAUCCGUGAGCACCAACUGCUUCCAUACAGAAACACUCUUCCUCUACCCAUCUUCAAGCCGGCUGAGCUGGGUGUGAGAAUGGGCCGUGGUGCUCCUCACACCCUGGAGGACUUGCCAAGUGCCCGUGCUCCUGAUGGAGCAUGUCCAUCCAAGAAAGAUGUCCUGGAGAUCACACGAGACCUGCCACCAGUCAAGCCUCUCCGUAUGGAGUUCGCCAAGGCUUCCAGAACCCUCGGCAGGUCCAUAUCUCAGGAGGCCCAGAGAGGGUGAAGAGAGAGCGAUGGAGAAAAAGAACGAUGAGGAAGUGUAUGGAUGGACUUGUAUACCCUGUGAAAAGGGACGGAUGUAGCAAAUGUAGCUAGACAAUAUAAACAGUAGAAAUGCCAUAUGUUGUCGUUCUGCUGAAAAAGUGCAGGCAGGUGGGUUUGUAAAUAUUUCCUUUUGUCUAGAUAUUUACGUUAUUUUUGUAUUGAAACUUUAUUAACAAAGACAAUAUGUAUAAGGUGAUAUUUUUAUGACAGUAUAACAGUGUAAGUCAUUAGAGAGAGAGAGAGAGAGAAAGAAAGAAAGAAAGAAAGAAAGAAAGAAAGAAAGAAAGAAAGAAAGAAAGAAAGAAAGAAAGAAAGAAAGAAAGAUUUCCUGCAAUGGCAAAGCUCAUGUAUGUUCAAAAUGCAUAAUAAAAUUAGCAGCAAAAAAAUGCACAACAAAAAAACACUGAAUCAUCAAGAAAUGACCGGGGCUGAUGGUUUGAUAGUUGACUGUUUAUAUUGUUUUGUUGUACGGUUUUGCAAAAAAUAAAUCACAUAAAACUUA